AUGUGUCCCCAGCAUUUCCACGAGAUGUCUACUGCAAAUAUAUCCGAUUUUCCUUAUCAUGAUCUUCCAGAAUCUGUGGAAAUAGAUUUAAAUCAUUACCAACAAAAAUACAACUGGGAUUGCGGGCUCUCCUGUGUACUGAUGGUUUUACCCAAAGAAGAUAGGGAAGAUUUUUUGAGUAAUUUUGCUGGCAUCUGUAAAGAUGAAGGGUUUAACAAAAGCACUUGGACUAUAGAUUUAUGUUACCUAUUAAAAAGGUACAAAAUAAAACACGUGUACUACACAAUUACAUUUGGGAUUCACCCAGAACAUGCCACAAAUAGUUUUUAUGACACUAUAUUAACAAAGGAUGAAUCCCGGAUAAAUAGGAGAUUUGACAACGCCGAAAAAUGCGGCAUAAAAAUAAAAACCGCAUCGGUUACCAUAGAAUAUAUUUUGGACCAGUUAAGGUUUGGUCCUGUAAUCGUUUUAACAAACACACAGCUAAUUAUUUGUGAUAGAUGUAAAUUCAACAAAAUGAAGACUGAAUUGAGGAAAUUAAUUCCUUGUGUACCUAAAUUUCAAGGGCAUUACAUUGUACUUUGUGGGUACAGUGCCAACUUGAGAAAGAUAUUCUACAGAAACCCUACCAUGUACAAUCACGUUUGUGUUAUGUCUAUGGAAGUUUUUGAGCACGCCAGAAAAAGUUCGGGAACCGAUGAAGAUAUAAUUUUUGUAAAAACCUUGGAAAAUCAAAUUUAA